CAAAAUAUUUCUUCUCUUCAGUCAAUUGCUUUGGAUUGGAGGUGUAUGGUCGCGUUCAAAUUAUGUAUCUGCUCGUUGAAGGUGGAAUAGUGCUUUCUUUGGCCUUGGGUUGUGCAUUAUGCGAUCAACUUGAUUCUGCUAAUAAUGUGAUAAUACCGCAAAUAUACGAAUAUGAAGACUUUUACACGUGUCGACGAAAAUUCAAAAACUUUGUAUACUGUGUUAGCGAUACUACACUUCAACCAAAUACAUCGAGCAAUCUAUGGAAACGCAUAUUACAAUUGCAAUCCAAUCGUAGAAAUUUUCCGCAUGAUCAACUGGAACGAGGAUUGUGUCUAAACGAGUAUUAUGAUGACGUGACCCUUAAUAAUGAUACUUAUAAGUUAUUGGAUAUAUAUAUAUCCAAUAAAAUCUACAAUCAGUAUGGCCUGAACAGUCAUUCAAAAAUUAACUCUUGCUGGACGACAACACAUUUUGCUCAGCAUAGAACAUUUGGCGAGUGUUUCUUCGUUUUCAUUUUGUUGUUACUAAUCUUGACAACAUCAUUUGCUACCUGGAAGGAAUUGAACAACUCUGCAACUGAUUCAAUCAUAAUUAAAUCCUUUUCUUUACGAAGAAAUUUGCAAUGGUUAUGGGUAGCCUCAAAACCAAACUCACUGCGCUAUCUGGAAGGUCUUCGGGCGCUAGGCACACUAACAAUAUUGAUAGUGCAUUCGCAAUUGCCAAUAAUACGAAUGCCUGUGUGGAACACGGAAGAUUUAGAAUCGCAAGCCAACCAUGUAAUGUUUCCUCUAAUUAAUUCUGCAAACACUCAUAUGAUACAAUUUUUCUUUACUCUGGGAGGAAUGGUAUUCGGGAUAAGCUGUCUCACUCACUUUGAACGAUUUCCUGAAUUCAAAAUCAUGUAUUUCCUGAAGAAAAUAUUAAGGCGUUUGAUAAGCCGCGGAGGAGCUUGUGGCCGUGGAGCACCGAGUACCAGCCCUAUUAAAAACCCUCACUCCUCAACCCUGUAUGCCCCAUCCCCUUCCAAAAGAAACCUGCAUUAGGUCGGAUCAGUACAGUCGUCAUUUUUUUGUACAGUUGGAAAUUUCCCUAUACCCUCCCCCACUCUACUCUUACCGGGGUCCUCAACUAAUAGGUUAUGGUUCCAAGCUAGUGGGCGUCACGGAGCGCACCAACGGCUCCGAACUAACGGCACAGGAGCCGGAUCCAUACCAUGGUGGAUUAAUGAGAUCAGGUGGUGGAAUGUACAGCAUUUUGACAAUUCGUCACUUGACGUAAGGUCAUCAGGAUUCAAACUUUGUUUACAUUCAUUAAAUUUGUUCUUUUAGUAUGGGGUAACUGUACCAGUUUUCGGCAGGGUAACUAAAAACCUGAAAGUCUGCGCAAAUGCGGUAAAAAAUGUCACAAAACACAAUUUUGUAGUGAAAGUAUACUCAUUUGUUAUUCAAAUACAAAGUUUCACACCAUUUCCUUGCGUAUUUUUCAAAAUAUUAACUAAAUUGUGCAUAGCUCAACAUUUUUUGGCAAUAGCCAAUAGUUCGGUAGGUUUUGUGAUUAAGAGAAUCAGAACAAUAAAACAAAUAAAGUGUGAUGUAUAUUAAA